AACUUCUGUUAUAUUGUCAUCGUACGUUGUCCAAUUUCUUCAAACUUUUAGGAUUUUGAAGAAAUAUUGAAAACAAAGAGACUAUUAAUGAAAUAAAACGAUUACCGGCUUCUUGUAUAUACAAUGACGUUCCUAGAAGACACGUUGAUUAUUUUAAUAUCGCAGAUAGUAUUCUUCGUAGGCGGCUGGAUAUUCUUUGUGAAGCAGCUAUUCCGAGACUAUGAGGUGCAUCAUUUGCUGGUGCAGCUUAUAUUUUCUGUGACGUUUGCACUCAGCUGUACAAUGUUUGAGCUUAUUAUCUUUGAAAUCAUUGAUUAUCUUGAUUCUAGCUCCCGAUAUUUCCACUGGAACAUGGGUCUAUAUUCCUUGCUGUUCAUGGUGAUAGCAUUAAUACCAUUUUAUAUAGCAUACUUCUGCAUCAGCAAUAUUAGAUUUGUUUCUCAAAAUAUGAUAAGGCCACUGACAAUGUUCGUAUGGUUCAUAUAUUUGUACUUCUUCUGGAAGAUUGGAGACCCAUUUCCCAUACUGAGUCCAAAACAAGGUAUAUUUUCAAUAGAGCAAGGUGUCUCUCGAAUAGGAGUGAUUGGCGUUACAGUAAUGGCCUUACUAUCUGGAUUUGGUGCAGUCAAUUACCCGUAUACUUCGAUGGCUAUAUUUAUAAGACCAGUAACCCAAUCAGAUGUUCUAUCAAUCGAGAAAAAAUUACUUCAAACCAUGGACAUGAUAUUGGUGAAAAAGAAAAGGAUAGCAUUAGCCGAAGCGAACAGUAUGGGAGCGAGACAGCAAUACAAUAUGUUGGACCAGAGUAAUGUAAAGAAUAGAGGAGGAUUUUGGACUAAUAUUUUGUCUAGUGUUGGCAGUAUUGCUAAUCCUUUGGGCCAUGGGAGUGAAAACAUCACCCAACUCCGUCAAGAGAUAUCAGGUCUAGAAGAAUUAAGUCGGCAGCUGUUCCUAGAAGCCCACGACGCCAGAACCAUGAGGGAGAAGAUAGAGUGGUCCAACACCUUCCAGGGAAAAUACUUUAAUUUUCUCGGCUAUUUCUUCUCGCUGUACUGCGUUUGGAAGAUUUUUAUUUCAACAAUAAACAUAGUAUUCGACCGGGUCGGCAAGAAGGACCCCGUUACCCGCGGUCUAGAGAUAGUCGUCCACUGGCUCGGCUGGCACAUCGACGUCGCCUUCUGGUCGCAACACGUGUCUUUCAUACUGGUCGGCUGUAUCGUGCUGACCAGCAUUAGGGGACUGCUGCUGACACUCACCAAGUUCUUCUACAAGAUAUCAUCAUCGAAAUCUUCGAACAUCAUUGUCCUAAUCCUAGCUCAAAUAAUGGGCAUGUAUUUCUGUUCGUCGGUUCUGCUAAUGCGUAUGAAUAUGCCUUCGGAAUACCGUAUUAUCAUAACCCAAGUAUUAGGAGAUUUACAGUUUAAUUUCUACCAUAGAUGGUUCGAUGUGAUAUUUCUAGUUAGUGCGUUGUCUAGUAUUUUUACGUUGUAUUUAGCUCAUAAGCAACCGUCUGUGAGUUAGUUUUGUAGGUUAAAUUAAGGGAGUUAAAUUGUGAGGGUUUUCUUAGUGUGUUGUUUGAGACAAAAUAAUUGUUUGAAUGAGUUACCAUUGGCACUGCACAAAAAUAAUACAGUUAUAUAAUUGUUACAUUAUUUUAAUGAAAACAAAAAAACUUUUUUCAUAAUUUUCGUUUGGGGUUGUGUAAGACCAUUGGCUACAUUCGCAAACUAAAAAAGAAAAAUGCACUAAGAAAAAAACUCUUUUCUAUUUUUUUCUUUCAUUCUUGAUAUUGUGUGUGAUGUAAAUAAAGAAAAUCGUUAAAAUGAGAUUUAGCCUCUUUAUAAUUAUGUGCACUGAAUCAUACCAAAAUUACUGAGUAUUUGUUACAAGCAAAUUGUUAAUAUUUGCCGUGUUACCUAAGGCACUGUGUGAUCAAACGUAUGUUGGGCUGUAAGACAAGACUUAUAAGAAACUGCGUUUUUCUUUUUUCUAGUUGCUUAUUACAGAGUUCUAAGGUUAACGCACACUUAUCCUCCCAAAAGACCUAUGUCAUUUAUUAUCUGUCUCCUUAAAUCUCUUUUUGUUUGAGUUUCACUAAAUAUUUCCUUGAUGAACUUAACUUUGAUGUAAAAAUAAUUAAUUUCUUACUUUUGCGAAUUGUGUAAGUUUAUUACUGAUUUUAUAAUCUAACUUCAAAAUACUGAAAUAUUACUUAAUGUUAAGUUUUACUAAAAACAUUUAUGUUAUGGCAGAGAAAAUUAUAUAUGACGUUUGAUAAUUAUUAAUAUUGAGUGAUGUUUCAGUAUUUGCCUGUAAGUCAUGAAAUAAAAGCAAUACCUAACCAAAGUGGUUUCCUAAAAACAUGUUACAUAUUAGUUUUAAGUACGAAUAGUUUUGUUAAGACUGAUAAAACUUAAAAUUAAGGAAAAAUAAAACUCCACGAAGUUUACAAUUAAAUAGUUUUAUUUAACAA